GAAACCACCAGAAACAAAUGAAGUACAACAGAAUCUGAUCCGCGAACCAGACACCUCAGAUCAUUUCCAUCUGAUUGUUCAUAAAAGAAUUCUCACAGCUAAUCGUGUUUACCUGAAUGACCCACUCAUUGUAUUGAGUCACUGGAACAACUCUUAUUUUGUAAAUAAACAAAGCUAUUGUUAUUACUAAUAUGAGUUGACCACAGUCAAUGGCUAGUCGCUGAUAGAUAUGGACGGGAAGAAAUUGACGAUAUUGUUUUUAGUUCUUUCGCCUGUGUUUACUGCUGCCUGGAAGUCGGCAUCACGGGAGGACAGGCGUGAGGUGCGGGAGCCACGGCGAGCGGUCCACUAUCACUCGAAGCGACACAUGCUGCCAGAACCGGACUCCAAGCGACGAGUGACCACGCAGAGGCCUAGGGAGUUUAGGAAAAAGCCAUCAGGUCACCUGACGCCGCUCGAGGAGGACGACAUCGACAAUGACGAAGUUAUAUCCGUCGCCAUUGGCCCGCCUCCAAUACGUCCGAAGUACGACAAAGUACAUUGGAAGCACCCUCCCAAACCGGUGCAGCACAAUGUCUCGAAUGGCACCGCAAGCAACAUCGUUAAGGACGUCUUAACGCAACUUGGCAGAGAGUUCCUAUCGAGGCAAGUGAGCGAAGACUUCGUUUUUGGACAAUACGUUGGAAAUGCCAUGAGGAAUCUAACUGCCGAUAUUAAACUCAAAAUGCAACAUGAUGUUCUGGAACUCAUAGUGAGAUACCAGAGGCUGAAUCGGGGUGAAAUCCCGAAAAUGGACGACAGGAACGUGUCGAACACGAUGCCGACGCUAAAGGAAAUGAAGUUGGAUAAAAAGUUUACACCUGCGAAUGACACGGAAGACACGUGGCCUGAUUUCUCAAACUUAGCUAAGAUUGUUGGCUAAUUAUUUCCUAACAUAUGCAAUAUUUUUGUUAUUAAAUUUUGUUUAAUAAAAAGUAGACAUUGUUCUUUGAAUAUCAAAGCUUAAAAAUACAACUUAGCUAACUCGUCAAUUCGAAAUUGACAUUUUAU